AUGAACCAGGAUAAAUUAAAUUUUACUUCGGCUUCACAACUAUAUAACUUAAGGUCAUAUAAACAAACAAGUAAUUCAUUCAAUUCAGAUACUACUGCUACUUCUACAGAAGAUAUUAAUGAUGAUCUUAACAAAUCCAGUGAUGACGAGAACACAAUUCAUAAUACUCAAACUUGGGUUAAUGCGAUUAAGAAAUAUUUCAAGGAUACAAACCUUAUGGCUUUAAAAAGAAAAGAUGGCAAACCUUAUGCACCUACAUCAAUCUAUAACUAUUAUUGCGGAAUUACACAUCAUUUGCAAAUAAACUCAUGUCAAGAUCCCAAACCGAACAUACUUGAUAAAAACCAAUUCCCACAUUUAUUUGCAACAAUUGAUGGAAAAAUCAAAUUGGUUCAGGAUACAAAUCCACUACAAGCAAAUAAAAUGAAUACAGAUAAGACUUUAAAAAUUACUAUUUCUCGUGAGAAGAAUCAUGCAGGUGGUUUAAAAAAUCUUAGUAAUGCAGGUCGGGUAUGUCAAAUACCUUCUGAUAUGUAUGAUAAGUUUACUUCUGUUUCAGAUAUUUUAUAUUACAUGUUUCGUCGAGGAACUUACUUUAAAUCUGAAGAAUUUUUUCUUCAAAUCGCUUCUGAUAAUGGAGUUGUUGAUAUAAACUACAAAAAAAUAACCAAUCAUUCAAUGAGAAGAAGUGCAAUACAAAUACUUACUCAACUUAAUGUAACAACAGAUCGUAUAAUGGCAUUUAGUGGACACCGUUCACUUGGUAGAGUUGCAUCAUAUCAAACAUUUAUGAAAGAGAUAAUGAAUAGUACUGUUUUAAUGAUUAUUCCAAAGCAAGAUUCAAAUCAAGAUUUAUAUCAAGAUUCAAAUCAAGAUUCAGGCAAAUUACCAUUAAAGUCUCUUCCAAUUGAUCUUCAUCUAAUUCGAUCUAAAAUUUUCAAGUCCAAACCUUUCAAGCCAUAUGAUGCCUCAAAGCCUUUUAUUAGUCUAGUCAAGAAAAGUAAAGAAAAUAUUCCCAAAAAUGUUCAGGAGAAUGCUCAAGAAAGUUUUCUGCUUUCUAAUUCUAAUCUGAUUGAAAGUGCACCUAAAAUUAUAGUUGAAAAUUGUAAAGAUUGCAAUAUUGACAUCAAAAUUUCUUUUAAUAAGUAA